CCGUGAGGCCUAGGGGGGUUGCCAUGGCUCCGGCACCGCCAGCUCCGCAGGGCAGGUGUUAGGUCCCGCGAGGAGGGCGCGGUCCCUUGGUUGCCAUGGCAGCGGCGCAGGUAGAGCCCAGGUAGGCAGGAAGCAUCUGGGAGAGGAGGACUCCCCUCGCUGAGUGCCGUGCUCGGGUCUGUGGAAUCGGUCUUCCCGAAAGGUGUGACGGACACACGAGAAAGGCUUGUGGGGCCAAAGCAGACACUCCUCCCAGGCUUGAGUCUUCUCAGUUGUCCAGAUGCAACUAUCCAUGAAGCAGCUGCAACAACAACAAUGCUAUCCCUGGAGAACAGCUGAUAAGAAAGGGAGGGGUCAAUCCGUAGCAGUAAGCUUAAAGGUGUUAGCGGAGAGGACACAGUUUGUGGCACCUGUGGGAGCUUGGGUCGAGAGUGCUCAGGAUGAUGCAAGGCAGGAGGAGAGCCCAGUUUUUGCAACAGCAGCUCAGAUUGAAGAAGAAUACAAAAACUUGAGAAAAGAAAAGGAGAGAAUUCUGAAACAUUUCCAAGAGGAAGUGAAACACAGGGUGAAUCAGCGUGUUAAACAAAGAAGAAAACAGCAGCUGCAAAAAUCCUAUGAAGCUGCUCUAAAAGAAAGCUCUGUAGUGAUAGGAUUCUCAGAUUCUGCACUGCAGUUGACCCCCAAGAAAAGCACAUGUCUAUACAGAUGCAGCACAGACUCUGCCAUUUGCAGGUCUGGUAGCAGAGUUACUUCUGUGCAGGAAUCCAAUCUCAUGAUAGAUGGGGGAGAAAAAGCAGAAGAGUUAAAAAGUUUAGAGCAAGCCAAAACAGUAAGGAAGACUGUGCAGCAGGCUGUCCGUCGCAGGCUGGCUUCUCGGAAAUCUGUCUCAGAAAAAGGUGGUCCUUUGGAUCUUCCAGGAGGCAUUUGGGACAGCCUUCCAAAAAAAGAGCUGCCAGGAUCUUGCAAGCCAACUUCAGUAAAUGCAGAAGAGGGUGACCGUCACGAAUUUCUUCUUGUGGGAUACCAUGACCUUCCAGCACAACUGCGAAAUGAGGAACAAGGACAGCAGAGAAAGGAAGUGGAUUAUACAGUAGAGUUGAAAAAAGUUAAUAGUGAGAUACUCAAAAGUACCUAUCCAGUGAGCUCUUCAGCAACUGGCACUGAGAAUCGGCCUGCUUGGAUACUUUGGUCUGAAACGGAGAAAGAGGAGUCAAAGAAACAGCGUCAAAGCCAGUACCUGAGAUACAGGCGGCUCUUCAUGGAUAUUGAAAGAGAACAAGUAAAGGAGCAACAAAGGCAGAAGGAAUGGCAGAGAAAAAUGGAUAAAAUUAAGAAAGAAAAAGAGCAAGAGCGCCAUGCAGAGGAACAACGGAUUCAGGAGAGGCACCGUAUAGAGAAACAGAGGAUCCAGGAACAAGCUGCCCAGAGAGAUGCUAACUCUGGGGUGGAGGCUUGUGCAAAAUUGGAUUAUCUUAGAUUGGAGGAUGCAAAAGAGAAGAAAAAGGUAGUGGAAAGACAACAGAGAAAUAAAGAGUAUGGGCGAUAUGUAGAAGCAUUACGUGCCCAGAUGCAGGAGAAGAUCAAAAUGUACAAUAUCAAUUUGCCUCCAUUGUGCUUCUGUGGGUCUGAUUUCUGGGACUCUCAUCCAGAUAGCUGUGCCAACAACUGUGUCUUUUAUAAAAACCACAAAGCCUAUGCUCAGGCCCUACAGUCUGUCAUCUCAUCUUGUAAUAUUCUUGAUGGAGGUUCAAACACAAGACUUGCCAUCCAUACAUUUGCUACUAUACAUGCUCAUUCUAAGAAUUCCUGAAAGGAAGAACUCUGGAAUUGGUGCCGCUUUCCUGUCUUAGUUUUUAAAAACAAAGCUUCUUGAAGCAGAUUGACUGUGCAAAUGCUGGACCUCUGGACUGUGUUCUGAUGAUAUUGAAAAAUAAAUGCAUUGAAAAGGGGGUGCUUCCCCCAAAGUUA